AUGAAGUUAGUUGAAUCUAAAGAUGCACGUUAUGUUACCUUUUCAAAAAGAAAACUAAGCUUGUUCAAUAAAGCUACUGAAUUUUCAUCUUUAACAGGAGCUGAUGUUGGCAUUUUCCUCAUUUCACCUAGUGGUAGGCCAUAUUCGUAUGCAUCCACUAGUAUUGAAAAUAUAACUCAUAAGUUUCUUGAACGGAAACUUGAAAAUCCCAAUGUUGUAGAUCAAGCUGAUGAGGGAAAAUCAAAUGUCUUUAAGACAUUUGAUGAUCUCUAUGAAGAAGUACAAAUAAUGAACGAGAAAGAAAAAAAUCGAAAAUGGAGGUAUAAGAUCUUAUACCCUGGUUCACAAGUACCACCUGAUAAGCAGAGAUUAGAGCAAUUGGUAGCACAUAAGCUGAGGUUGGAAAAAAUAAAAGAAGAGGCAAACAAUUAUAAUUUGACUGAGAAAUUCGAAUUUGAUUUGAAUGUUGUCCCUAGUCAAGAUGAGGGGGAAAGUUCUGGAACUCACUAA